GCACGAUCCUACGCUAGCCGUUCCCCAGAUACUUGCACCCAAUCACAAUCCUAUAUCAGUGGGGCCAAGCCGGGGUAGCUUCUCCACCAACAACAGCAGCCCCGCAUCGGCAUCAUCAGAGCAAAUCAGACGAUCGACAGCCUCAAAUCCCAACCAAUCCAACCAAUCCCAACCAACCCCAACUUGUGUUUCAAGGACACAAAGAACAGCCCAUAAAAGUUGGGGUAUGCGGGGAGUUAUAGCGACCGCCACUGUCCUAUUUUGUUCCCGCCUGUCAUUGUGCGUACCACAACACCACCUUCCUCGCGACACACUUGGCUACAGCCCGAGUGAGACAAACGCGCGCGCCUCACCAUCUUCAAUAAAGCCAGCCGCCAAUCACAAACCACCACCGCAACCAUGCCAGCACCACCACCACCAUCAGCAUUAUCAUCAUCAUCAUUAUCAUCACCAAAAGAAAUUCCCCUCCCCGACUCAAUCGACUUCCUCUCUGAAUCACAAUGGGCCGUCUUCAUGGCCCUAAUGGACACCAUCGCGCCCGCGAUCCUGCCCCCAAAGUCCAUCGCCUCUUCCGACAACAACGCCCCCGAUGACAAGUCAGUACUGAGGCUCUCACAACAAGAAUACGCCGCCGCCGCCUCCGAAAUCCGCGCAGCAGUCUCCCCCCACGAGGUCACCGCCGAGACAAUCGAGUCCUACCUCCGCGAACGCCCCAGCGACAACCCCAUGUUUGGAAAGAUCAUGAAACUCGUCCUCAGCGGCCUGCCCCCGUCCAAAAAGAGGGAGCUGAAGAUUCUCUUGAGUGUCUUGUCCACCAGACCAGGAUCCUUAAUCCUCACAUCGUACGGCACGCCACUGCCCCAGCUUGGGCUGGAGGAUAGAACCAGGGUUUUGGAGGGUUGGAGGGAGAGCAGGUUUUGGGCUGUCAGGGGGUUGUUCAAGUCGAUGACUACGCUGGGCAAGCUGGGGUUUUUGAGGAGUAGUAAUACUUUUGCGCCGUUGACGGGGUUUCCUUCUGUGCCGAAGGAGUGGGUUGCUACUUCUUCGUUUCCGUUUGAGUUUAUCAGGCCAACGGCGGAGGUUGAGACGGACGUGGUGAUUAUUGGAUCGGGGUGCGGGUCAGGGGUGGUGACGAACAGGUUGGCGAAUACGUUUGGCAAAGGGGUCAAGGUUUUGGUUUUGGAAAAGGGGAGGCAUUUCGACGCGUCGUAUUUUCCCAUGUCGCAGACGGUGGGGUUGUCGGCUAUGUUUGAGGCCGGGGGGGUGGUUGAGUCGGAUGAUGGGUCGAUUACUGUUACGGCGGGGAGCUGUUUUGGGGGUGGUGGGACGGUGAACUGGAGCGCGUCGUUGCAGCCGCAGGAUUUUGUCAGGAAGGACUGGGCCGAGACGUACAAGAUGCCUUUUUUUGACGGGAGGGAGUUCCAGGAGUGUUUGGAUCAUGUUUGGGAGAAGAUGGGGGUUACGGAUAAGAUUACGCCGAACCAUGGAAAUCAGGUGCUGUUAAAUGGUGGGAGGCAGACGGGGUGUAAAAGGUGCAAGAUUGUGCCGCAAAAUACGCGCGGUCAACCGCACAACUGUGGUUAUUGCACUUUGGGAUGCGCCAAUGGUGAGAAGAUGGGACCUGUGAAUGGAUGGUUCCCAGAGGCUGCUGAGAAGGGGGCUGUAGAGUUUAUGGAAGGGUUCAGGGCUGAAAGAGUCCUUUUUGAUGAGAAAAAGAAGAGCAAGAAGGUGGCCUGUGGUGUUGCGGGCGUUUGGACCCCCAAGGAAGGCGGAGAGCCGAUCAAGGUUGUCGUCAAGGCCAAGAAGGUGGUUCUCAGCGCUGGCACGCUGUGGAGUCCGGUGGUUCUGAUGAACAGUGGGAUCAAGAACCCCCAGGUUGGCAAGAACCUGUAUUUGCAUCCUGUCAACUUUGUUGCCGGUGCUUUCGAUGAGGACAUUCGUCCUUGGGAGGGCGGCAGUCUCACGACGGUGGUUGGCGAUUUCGAGGACAUCGACGGCAAGGGUCACGGCGCCAAACUAGAGGCCAUGUCCAUGAUGCCCAGCUUGGCACUUCCGUUCCUCACAUGGCGCUCUGGAAGCGACUACAAGCUGAUGGCGGCCAAGUACCGCCACAUCAACCAGUACAUCUCCAUCAUCCGUGACAGGGACACUGGAUACAUUUACAGAGACCCCUAUACCGGCGACCCUCGUAUCUCGUACACGCCGUCCGAUUUCGACCGCGCCCACAACUUUGUCGGUGUUCUCGAGCUCUGCAAAAUUCUGCAUGCGACUGGAGCGAGAGAAAUCCACCCUUGUCUGCCUGGCUUCCAGCCAUUUGUUCGGUCUCAAGGCGACUCAAAGAAGACGGACAAGGCGUUCAAGAAGUGGCUCAGGAAACUGAAGAAGCAUGGCAACAAGCCACCUGUUGCGCCGUUUGUCUCGGCUCAUCAGAUGGGUACCUGCCGCAUGAGCGCCAAGGCAAAGGACGGUGUCGUUGACCCUCGUGGUAGAGUGUGGGAUACCGAGGGACUGUAUGUGGCCGAUGCCAGUGUCUUCCCUACGGCCAGCGGUGUCAACCCUAUGGUCACGACAAUGGCUCUUGCUGAUUGGGUUGCGAGGGGUAUUUGUGAGGACAUCAAGGACGAGCUGGUUGUUGAGAAAGUGCCUUCGAGGUUGUAAAAUAUGUACAUGAGUAACGGUGAUUUGAUACAUGGCCGACGGACGGU